GGCCAGCUGACGUCGCCACUGCGCCUGCGCAGCCCGCUCGCCUCACCCGACAGGGCCAGCUGACGAUGGCCGCCGUCGCCACUGCGCCUGCGCAGCCCGCUCGCCUCACCUGACAGGGCCUGGUGAAGAUGGACGACGUCGUCGCCUGUCAGGCCCGUCGCUCUCCUCACACUUAGUACGGUAAGCGCUCAAUAAAUACUACUGCUGGAUCGACUGAUGGAUGAUCUACUCGCUCAUUUCCCCACACCCUCUCCCCACCGAAUUUGAACCGCAAAUCUCUCCGAGGACGUUUUUGAUGAAGCUGAGUCACGAAACUGUCACCAUUGAACUGAAGAAUGGAACGCAGGUCCAUGGAACAAUCACAGGUGUAGACGUCAGCAUGAACACUCACCUAAAAGCUGUGAAAAUGACACUGAAAAACAGAGAACCCGUUCAGCUGGAGACUUUAAGCAUUCGAGGCAACAACAUUCGCUACUUCAUCCUGCCAGACAGCUUACCUCUGGAUACCCUCCUUGUAGAUGUCGAACCCAAAGUGAAGUCCAAGAAAAGGGAAGCUGUUGCGGGAAGAGGCCGCGGUCGCGGUCGCGGCCGGGGCCGGGGCCGAGGCCGAGGAAGAGGAGGUCCCAGGCGGUAAAGUCACCCAAGAACGCUUGUUACAAAAUGCCAGGAGAGUCGGGAUAUUUUUUGUACAGGUUUUGUUUACAGUGUCAAUUUUUAAUAAACACCGAUGUUGGAAAAGUCGUUCGGUAGAUCAUGGUAGUGUCUUAGCCUUCCCCUAUGUACUCAUUUAAAUCCCCAAGUGGGAAAGUAGGCUAUUACUACAAACCGACCUGAAACUAGAAUUGAGUUAGCGUUCUUGCCUUUUUUUUCCCUGUUUGAUUAGCUACGUUGGUAAAAAGCCUUACAUUGUGAGCCGUUUUAAUGAUUAAGUCCCUUCCCUUUUGAAUGUCAUAAGGAGACCAACGUCUUCUGCCUAAGGAAUGAAUGCCCAUAUGAAUUUUAACAGAAGACUAUUUUAAAAGAAAUCGAGUUUAAUGCCCAAUUUUCAGAAGGGCCCAGAAUCCAAGAAAAUGCAGCUACCAACUCAAAAAUCCUUAUUACGCAUGUGAAAGAUAUCUUUUAAACCUGUUAGUGACCUUAUCAAGUAUGUUCGUUGUAACUUUUUUAGAAGUUGGUUUGUCUCUUAAGGCUCAUUUUUUUAUUCCCUUAAUUUUAAGCAGGAAAAAUUGCCUAAUUUUCUUUUAGUCCUCAGAAUUUUUAAUCAAGGCCGUACUUUUUGUUGUAGCGCUGAAGUAGGAAAAACGGCUAAACGUUUAAUUAUGUAAAAACAGAUACAGACCAGCUCUACGUUUUUUAAACAUUUGACUGUAUUUUACAAUUUAAAGACAAAUGAUCUUGCAGGCUCGUUUUAGAAGGACUUUAUUAUCGUGGUAACUGGGAGAGGGUAAAAAUGGUUGUUGAAGAUCAAGGGACAGGAAUUAUGCCAGCCAGGUACCCAGUUCAGUUACUGAUUUUUAAAAAUAUAUUUUCUCUGAAAUGCUUUCCUCUGUUUCCCCAAGGAUUAAGUAGAGGGCCACGUGGCUCUGAGAACAUUACUUGAACUGGGAAUUAAAAGCAUUUAGGAUUUUUUGGGGUAGCAGCAAAACCAAAAACUCCGUAUUUUAAACCCCUGCGCAUUUUAAGUACUUUGAGAAGUGAGAACAUGUAUGCCCCAAUUGAUGGGCCCUUUUCUCAGUUCAGAAAGUCAAUAAAUCAGUUGCCAGUAUCCAGGAACUGCCAGUAUACGAUUUGAAUAAGCUUCUGCCAUCUGUUAUUGAAAGCAGAAAUAAGGCGGCUAGUUAAAAACCUCCCUUAGGGAAUUUAGGCUGAAUUAAUGAUAAAGCGUUGACUAAUUAACUUGACCUUGCAGCGUAGGCUAACUAGUCUGAUAGAUCUUUUUUUUCGCUCUCCUUAGAUGUUGAAUUCCAUCUUUUUGAAGGCAGUUUUUCAUAAAAAGAUUUAAAAUUGUAAAAGCCAACAGAUUUUCACCAAGACCAAACCCCUUCCCUGUUGAGUCGAGUGUGAGGUACAGGAGACGCACCCCCCCCAUGUAGCAGUUAUGUGAAAUUAAGGUUUAAAGGUAUCUGGCACCCCUUUUAUUUGCAUGUUUGAGCUAUUGUCUGUGUAAUUGAAGCUUUUAUACUUAAUUUGGAUUUGCUUCCAUUAAAAAGACAUUGAAUUUUUAUUUCAAAA